CAGCUGGAAUGUCGGCACGCACCCACACUCAGCGGUCGCAAAGACAAAUGACACGCCCAGUGAUGACGUCGAAAUAUGUGGUGCGGUAACCGAUUUUGACAUGUCCAGUGAAGAAUCGCCAGAAGCCGACGAGGAGGAACCCACUCCACAACAACAACAACAAUCCAAAGCUAAGGAUGCAAAAUUGCGCCCGAGUCCUUGCGGAGUGCGUCCACGUUCAUCUACACAGCGUGCUGUCUCGGCAAGGUCUAGGGCAAGACAAAAGGGAAGGCGGGUAGAUGCCACGACCUGGAUGCUACUGACCUUAAGCAUCGUGUUCGUCGGUGGAUUUCUUCCGUUUCUAAGCCUGGAGUUCUUCCGGUCUGCCGCCCCGGAUAGCGUUGCGUCCAUGAGCGCCGUCUGCCAGUCACUUUACCAUCUUUUUCGGAGAUCUUAUUUUCUGAACAGCGCCAUCAACCCCAUCAUUUACAGCCUAUGCGACUUGUCUUUUAGGAGGGAAUUCUGGAAAAUUUGUAAGGGCCGGUAG